GGCUCCGCGAAUCCCAGCGGCCAGUGAGGCAGAGCACGGGGCAUGGCGAACGAGUCUCAGUGGCUGCCGGACGCGCCCGUGGUCGAAGUUGGCGGCCAGCGUCAGUGGGUGCUGGCGUGGUGGACACAGCUGCUGUACGCGCUGCUCUUCGGCUCAGUGGUGGCCGUCGCGGUGGUCGGCAACGCUCUGGUCGUGUGGGCCGUGCUAGCGCACCGCAGCAUGCGCACCACGACCAACUGCUUCCUGGUGAACCUGUCGCUGGCGGACGCGAUGACGGCCACCUUCAACGCCGUAUUUAACCUGGUGUACAUGCUGGAAAGCCACUGGGCCUUCGGGCUGCCCUACUGCGUCUUCAGCAACUUCCUGGCCAACCUGACCCUCGCUUCAUCGUCCUUCACCAUAACCGCCAUGAGCGUUGACAGGUACUUCGCCAUCGUGCGACCCCUGUGCGGCCGUCCCCGGCGUCGCCGAUCCGUGGUAACGUUGUGCGCCGUGUGGUCGGGCUCGGCUCUGCUGUCGCUGCCCACGCUGCUCUAUUCUCGCACGCGGUCGUACCGCUACGGGGACCACAGCGUGCGUACCGUCUGCCUUCUUGUGUGGCCCGACGGCCGCCUGCAUGGCUCUUUCGCCGACUACGUGUACAACAUCCUCUUCUUGGUGCUGACGUACGCAGUCCCAGUUGCCACGAUGGUUGUUACCUACUCGCGGAUGAGCUGGGUUCUUUGGGGAAGCCGCUGCAUAGGGGAGUUCACCGAACACCAGCAGCUUGCUUUACGCAACAAACAAAAGGUGGUGAAGAUGUUGAUGACCGUGGUCAUCUUGUUUACGGUCUCAUGGCUGCCGUACCACGCUUACUUCAUCUACCUGUUCCACCACCCGGGUGCCGCCUACGCGGACUGCAUCCAGCACGUCUACCUGGCCAUGUACUGGCUUGCCAUGGCACAUACCACGUACAACCCCAUCGUGUACUAUUGCAUGAACCAGAGGUUCAAGCGGUACUUCAGGCGCUUCCUGUGCUUCUGCGUGCGUUCACUGGAGCCGGGAGACGAGCGCCAGUACAGCCUCGCACACAGCCGGUGCAGUGUCGCCAGCAGGACUCGAAGCCUCCAGCAGGGUACCAAGACGAAAUCAGGAGACGCGACCACCGUGAACCACGUUCGCAUCUGUCGUAGCGUGCCAUUAUCGAUACCGACAACGGAAUGUACCAGUGUCCACAUGUAAAUGAAAGCAGCGACUUCAGACGCUGAAAAACAAGCUUCAGUACAGAACCGAGAACGCUAUAUACUUCAAGCCGUCCUGAUAGCUAUCGUGCUGUGCGUCUACAUCAAUUAUCAAAGUUUCAGCUAUACGGCUGCACCUAAACUAUGUACUACCUACGUUUUUUCACUAAAAGAAGUAUCCAAAGAAAUAUCCACUUUGCGUCAGAAGACAGAAUACAGCGGCACCCGAACCAACAGCUGCCGACCUCAUUGAAACGUUCUUCAUGCAGUACCGUCCUUCCACGCACUUUUCGUAGUAUACUUACGCAUAAAUUAUGUGGGGAUGAUACAAAAUCUGGAGGAUAUUGUUCGAAUUGUAUACAGAAAUCAUACGGAACUGUGCGACUUCAUUACGAAAUGCUUCAACAGGGAGUGUGGUCGAAGAAAUCUUUUGGUAAAAAUAGUUUAUUUGCACCAUGUACAGUGUAAACGCAUAAUCGCACAGUAUAAACUACUACACCAAACAAUACUCUGGAUUUCCUGGACCCAUGUUCAACAACGCUUUGAACGAUAGAGUAUUUCGUCAGGCCAGGCAUCGCUCAAUCGAAGUGGGAAACGUAAUAUGGUGAAGGUGGCCGGCCCAUGACAAAUGGUUCUAGUGAACCAAGAUAUUUGUGAAUUUCACCGCUGACUACUGUCAAAUAAUUUCUUAUAGAAUAAACACUUUUGGCUCGUGUGGAGAACUGGGGCAUGGGG